AUGAGUUCUUCAUCAAGCUCUCGCGAACCUUCACCAUCUAUGAAACAAACUUUACCAAACGAUUAUGGAGCACCUAUUGAAUAUUUCUUACGAGCUGCACAAUGGCAAAGAGCAGUCUCACCAAGGUUAGGUGUUCCACCAGCUCCUGUCAAAAAUAGCAUUUGGUCAAGUCCUUAUAUAAGAUAUGGUCUCCAACUAGGUUUGCUAGCUACAGCAGGAGCAGUUAUGAUGUUGAAAAGAAAUAAAGCAAAUGUUGUAAAUAAUACUGAAGUAGCUGAAGUUAAACAAACUCCAACACCUUCACAAGCAAAACCUUCAAUGACUCCUGAACCUAUGGAAGUACAAACUCCUGUUCAAAAGUCAACUCCUAAACCGACUCCAACAUUUAAACCAGAACCUACUCCUCAAAUAAAUCGUAAAACUCCUGCGUUUCCUUACUGA